GAGUGGACCUGUCUUACUCUCUUUUUUGACCUCUCAAUAGUGAGAGAACGUAAUCGAUUUCGAGUAAAAUCUGACUGAUCCUGAUUAUUCCUGACUAGUCUGGACUCGUACGGGAUCGCAGCUGUUAAAACGUAUACGAUUUUGUCUAUGUACACCGAAGGGUUAAAUAGUUAUAUGUCAGCUGUAAAAAUUGCUUUCAAUUUGGCCAAAAAUUACUUGGAGGAAAUUCUGUGAUUUCUAUAUUUUUGAAUAAUUUUUAUGCAUUUUUGGGAUACUUUGGUUAUAAUAUCACAAUGGAAAAACGACAAUUGCGAGGAAGUGUAUCUAAAACGGAUGAUUGGAUAAAGUGCCAAUCAAAAAAGCGGCCAGGCCAAUGGUACAUGUUCAACAAGGCAACUGGCGAAACCAAAUGGUGCAGUGAGUUUGUGGAUAAUGACGCCAAGCCGACUAGCGUUGCUGAAAAAGGAAAAGCACAGUCACCACCAAAGUGCAUAGCUAAACCGCUCCGUACUCCUGCCCAAGAUCGUCUUAAACGUCUGCAACAUAAUUUAAAAACGACUCAAAAGGAUAAGUUACCUCAAAAACAAGCGAAAGCGCGGCGAGGGAGAAGUCAAGACAAGGACAUCGGAAUUGAGAGAGAAAAUAAAAUUGAUGAUUCCAAGAAAGCCCAUCUUCAAAAAGACAACAAAUUGAAUAUAAAAUCUAAGCCAUCUGAAAGCAAAAUAGAUGUGCAAAAAGAUUUCCAACCAUCAACAAGCAAAAGUGCUUUGUCAGUUAAAAUGGAAAAGGAUGAGAAUGUGGCAGCGAACACUACGCCACAAAAAUUGAGUUCAUCAAAAAAAUCGAAACAAAGUUCGCCGAAAAAAGAAGUUAGAAAACGAUCAUCCUCCAAUUUUGACAUCGAAUCAAUAACUAUACCCCAGAAACGUGCAAAACAAGAAUCAGAGUCUAAAGUGGAAAACACGCCCAAAAAUGAAGAAGAAAAUGAUGAAAAGGAUCAAAGUCAGCGAACAACUGGGGCUCUCAGUAUUGGUAGUGGCAUUGUAAAUAAAAUAAAAGCGAUAUGCAAAAGUACCUUCAGCAGUUAUUGCAACGCCAAAAAGGCUUUGAGCCAAAAACCUUUAGAGCCUUGCAUUAAGAAAACUAAUUUUAAAAUACCUAAAAAAGAAACAGUUUCACGUGCCACAAAGGCUCGAGCUUUAAAAAGCAAUGAGGAGUGCAGUGACAGUGACAGUGAAAUUGAAAGUGAUGCGACGCCCAAACGAAAAACUGCAUCCAGCGCACCAAUUGCCAUCGUAAUGAAGGGCAUUGCCACACCAAGUAAUGGGAACCCAUCGGUAGAUUUCAAAGCAUUUGCGUUAACUGCCUCACCAUCUCAAUUAUUUGGUACACCCAGUAGCCUUGUAGUUCCCACCUAUGAAAGGGGUAGUGCUAAUACGCGUCUAGAACGCUUGCGCAAUUCCCUACGCCAACAUGCCAUCGACAUUGGUGAGGAAUCGUCUACGCCAACGCGGCUGUGUGCAUCUGCUUGCUCUUCGGCUUUGGCUUGUGUUAUACGUGAUAAUACAAUGGCAAAAAACAAUCCGGCGAAAGUCGAUGAUGAACCAAUGGAUUGGAUGCCUAUAGAAGAUUUAAAAACUGAAACCAUUGAGAUAUCUAGCAAUGAGUCUAGUAAUGCAGAGGUUAGCGUGAGCGGAAAAGAACCUGAAACCAUGGGCGAAUAUUAUGGUACCGUAAAUGAAAAUCUUUUACGUUAUGCUGUAGAACAAAAAAAUGGCGCGAACACAGCCGAUGGAAAGUGGCUUAAUGAUUAUUAUUAUUUUGUAUUGGACACGAAUGUGCUGCUACGACAUCUAACAUUUAUUGAAGAAUUAAGCCACAUGAAAUUAUGCGAUACCAGCGGUACUGUGCUCUACUUACCAUAUAGCGUAUUACAAGAGUUGGAUAAAUUAAAGCAAUUUGCAGUGGGAGAUGGCACCAAAGUGCUGGCGGUGCGCGCUAUUAAAUACCUGAAUGCCAAAUUUGAGGCAAAAAAUAAGCAUCUACAAGCACAAAGCGCUAUUAGCGAACGGGAACACCUUGUUGAAAUCAGCUCACCAGAUGAUCGCAUUAUCAACUGUUGUUUGCAGGCAAAACAACACGUUGAUCACGUUAUCUUAUUGACAGAGGAUAUAAAUUUACGCAAUAAGGCUAUUUGUAAUAAUAUUUUAGUUUCCACGAAAUCGGAUCUUGUUGUCAAGCAUACGUAGAAGUGGAUCGGAAAAACUGAAGUUAUCAAGUGCCAUUUAUUGCCUACUAACAAUCCAAAUUAAAAGUUGAUCUAACGAGAUUCAGCCUGUCAGGAGAUUCACUGUCAUAUUUAAAAUGUUAACUUUCAUAAACAGCUAAUAAUUAUUUGGAAAGAGCCUUGCGAUUUUCCUUAAAGGGUCCUGGGUCGUCGAUAAAUGCAGAUCAUUCAAUUUGUGUGAACUCGAUUUUCAUGGCAAUGAAUUCGGUCAAUCGCCGCCGCAGUAUUUACUUCAAACGCGCAUCAUCUUCCCAAACAUCAUACGAAUAUACUUUGUUAAAUAGUUCAUUCGAAACAAAUUGUGAUAUGAAAACGACAUUUUUGUUGCUAUGAAAUACUUGAUAUGAAUAUUAGUGGUAAAUUAGUCGUAAAUUUAGUUUGUAGUUUCGUUACAAAUGAAUACUGAAGUUUUCUUUUAAAUAUGAAUGUAUGUGCAUAUGUGCACAAAAAUUUGAUAUUUUUAUACUUGCAGCAGGUAUAUGGGUUUCAUGUCCCACUUAUUAAUAAAUCUGAAGAAGUUUUCAAUGCAAAAACGCUCUUUUAUUGAAUAUCUUUUUG